GAUUGCAAUUCUUAAUACUCCAGUCUGUCUGGAGCCGGGAGAAGAAUACUCUGUGGAUGUGUAUUUUUCUCAGCCCUCUGCCUCUGAGACAAAGGGAAAAUCAUUCAUCUUGAUUGACUCUCUUGGACUUAUUCCCAGAAUUGACUCCGUGGAGAACUUAUGCAGUGAAAAGGAUUUAGAUGAGUACCAGAAGUAUCACUGUGUUGAAAUUGCAUCAGAAGUUGGAGCUCACGUCCUGCCCGAAACAUGUGCACAGCUCAUAGUGAGCAUGUCAGCCCGUAUUCACAAUGGCGCCGUUGCAUGUAAGUGCAAUCCCCAGGGGUCGCUGAACACCAGCUGCAGUAAACUGGGUGGCCAGUGUCAGUGCAAAGCCAACGUCGUGGGACGCUGCUGUGACACCUGCUCUGCAGGCAGCUAUGGCUUCGGCUUCCACGGCUGCUGCGCGUGCGAGUGCCACCCGCAAGGCUCGCUGGGCACGCUGUGUGACCAGGUGACGGGGCAGUGCUCCUGCCGCCCAGAGGUGGCUGGCCAGCGCUGCAGCCGCCCUCUGCCCGGCUAUUUCGGAUUCCCCCACUGCCGCCCUUGCUCCUGUAAUGGCUACACGGAGCUUUGUGAUCCGGUGACAGGAGCGUGCCUGAACUGCCGUGGCUUUACAGCUGGAAGCCACUGUGAAAGGUGUGUGGAUGGCUACUAUGGAAACCCCCUGACCAGGGAACCCUGCCGCCCAUGCAUGUGCCCAGGGGCACCUAUGAGCAACAGCUAUUUUGCACAUUCCUGUUACCAGGACUCCCAGUCUGCACAGCUAGUCUGCAAUUGUCUCGAGGGAUAUUCAGGCAAUCGGUGUGAUGAGUGUCCUAGUGGGUUCUACAAAAACCCAGGUAGCCCCCGGCUUGACUGUGUGCCAUGUCCCUGCAAUAACAACAUUAAUGUGACAGACCCAGAGUCCUGCAACAGGGUCACAGGGGAAUGCACCAAGUGUUUACAUAACACCCACGGAGCAAACUGCCAGUUCUGCAGACCAGGGUAUUUUGGCUCAGCCUUCAAUCAAAACUGUCAAAGGUGCACGUGCAAUCUGGAGGGUGUUCACCCUGCCAUGUGCCCGGGGGGGGACGCAGCCUGUCUGUGUGACCCAGCCACAGGAGCUUGUCCUUGCCUGCCCAACGUGGUGGGUGUGACAUGCAACCAGUGUGCCUCUGGCUACUGGGACCUGUAUAGUGGGAAAGGAUGUCAGAACUGUGACUGUGAUCCAAAAAACUCCCAAAGCAACCACUGCAACCAGCUUACAGGCCAGUGUCCAUGUAAACUAGGCUACCGUGGAAGAAGCUGCAAUGAAUGUGAGGAAAAUUACUUUGGUGAUCCCCAGAGACAUUGCAUUUCGUGUGAGUGUAACCCAGAAGGAACCAGCCAGCCCAAGUGUGACCAAGCCACCGGCGCGUGUAACUGCCGCGCUGGCGUCACCGGCCGGUUCUGCAGCCAGUGCGGCCGGGGCUUUGAGAGCGCCUUCCCCUCCUGCCGCCAGUGCCAUCUCUGUUUCCAUCAGUGGGACGCUGCGGCCGCUGCCCUCGCCCACGCUGUGCAGGGGCUCCUGAGGCUCGCUGCAAACCUCGAAGAUAAAGGAGGGCAAAUGCCCAGCUGUGACCUGCGCCUCAAAGCCUUCGGAGAUGCCAUUUUUGAAGUUGAAAGAAUUUUGAGACAUCCUGUCCUUUCACUGCAGGCCCUCUCAGGCAUCAAGGAUUUUCAGGGCUAUGUUCAACGAGAAGUUGCACAAAUGGAUCCCCUUCACAGUACACUGUAUGAGUUUCCUGACCUCAACAAGAACAUAGAAGAUAUUGGGGCAGAAGCUGACCUAGCAUAUGAACUUCUACAACAGAAAAUACAUCUGCAUCAAAGUUUUCAUUACUUCAACAUCCAAGGUAAGGCAGCCAGCAAUCAAUUAAAAAUGAGUAGAUGUAGCACUUGA